CUCCGUCUGGGGCCUGCGGACAUUGGUGAGCGCCGGGCUGCACAACCCUGAUUGGCUGUUGGGAUACUGACUGUGUAUUGGUAGUUUGAAACUAGGUAACCGAAGACAACAUUUGGGGACAGUUGUGUUUUUGUAUGCAGCAUCCGAGGCGACACCCAACUGUGCCAUGUACGGUAGAUCUAUGGGAAGCCAUGUAAGAAGGCAUUCCAGAUCUAAUACUAAAAAUGUGCAAGACUAUGAAAAACAGAGUGACUUUGAUGAGAAGCAUGAUGAAUAUUUAUUAUAUCUCCAACAGAAAAACAGGGUACAGAACAUUAACAAAGCAAAGGCUCCUACACAAGUCAAGUUAGAACAUCUGGAACAAGGAUUUUCCGUCUAUAUAAAUGGAGCAAAUGCUGAGUUGAGAAAACAUUACAGCACACACAAUUUAGUAAGAGGUGAUUUAAAAUCACAAGAGACAGUUUUAGAUGAUGGAAUAACUGUUGAUGGGAGGAGAAAUCAUACAGCUCCAGGCAAGAUACAAAGAAAAGCAUGGGUGCAGAGCUCCAUAAACAUUAAAUCCGAAAGUGGACCAGCUGUUCAUAUUGUUCCAAAUGUGAAUUACUCAGAAGAUUUUGAAACUGAUGAAGAUGGGCAUUCUGAUCAGAGUGAUGAGCAUGAACAACAGGCUUUAAGAGAAAGCUUGGAGCAGAGUUUGUGUUUGAAGCAUGGCGACAGUGACAGCUCAGCUGAUGAAUGUGACAACACUGAAGAAGUCCUUGAAGAUGAAACACAGGAACUUUCCAGAAGUUUAACUGAGUUAAGGCCAGUAUCUUUAGCUGUCGGCCAACAAAGACAGACACCAGGAAACUUAGUUGUGCUUGAACUUAAAGAUCCAGGAAGUCGACAAGCAAGACCACUAUCUGCAUCCAAGAAAAACAUUUCAAAUAGCCAAGAUCCUGACCAUUCGGCAUAUCAAGUUAUAAAUGCAAUGCGAGAGGAAAAUGAAGCAAUUUUAAGAGCAAACAGCAGACAGACAUUCUUUGACCGAGAAAAAAAGAAUGAAGAUGUAGUUUCUCCAGCUGUUGAAAGAAUUGGCUCUCUAAGUUCAAGCCAACAAAAGAAAAUUAUUAAAAACGAUGACAAAUCUUCAUGCAUUCAGAAUACAAAGUCAACCGUAAAAGAUGUGAUAUAUAUUACAGUUGAAAUUUUAUCCAAUUGGGGAAAUCCUCAUUUUGUGGGUUUGACUGAAGUCCAGUUCUUUGAUUUGAAGAAUCAGAAAAUAUAUGUGUCCCCUCUUGACGUAGACAUAAGGAAUGCUGAUUUUCCUGGAGAUCUUCAGUGUUUGGUCAAUGGAAAAGUUAAGACUACAAAGGAACAUUUCAUGUGGAUGUGCCCUUUCCAUCCCCCUGUGCAGCUUUACUUUGUUAUCCGAAAUCCUACUCGGUCAUGUGAUUUUGACAUAUGCAAGGUGAAGAUCUGGAAUUAUAACAAGAUGCUCAGUUAUCUCGACAUUGGCGCGAAACAUUUGAGAAUAUACAAAAAUGAAACUUUGAUGUUUGAUGGGUUCUUAGAGAAAGGAUGCGGAAAUAAAGUAUUUGAUUACAGCAACACUAUUGAUUUAUUUACUGGACAAGUAAAGUCUGUCUCCCCACCACCUCUAUGUACGUCCAAAAAUGAGAUGGAUGUAGAAAAUGAAAUCAGUUGCUCAGGCAGCAAUAAUGACCAUUUGCCACAAUUCUCAACCCCUUUACUUCAAACCCCUACAUCAGAAAGUUACUCUGUGUUAAAAGAACACAAGCAUAUUUUACAUUGUAAGCUGGAUGAUUUAAGUACUGACAGGCUAAUUAAAUCUGUAACAAGGCAAGUGGAAGAAGGUGAUGAGACUGAAGAUGUUGAAGGGAAAGGACAGAAUUCGUUCAGAGAAGAAGAUGGACAUAUAAAUGAAUCUAAAAAAAUGCCAGGAAACUCAACGUCCCCAUCAGAUCAUGAAGACUUGGCCAUGAAAAAACGGGAAAAAAUUACUGGACAAAUGGUAGAAGGAUCAUCAAAUAAAACCCCACAGUGGCUUUCUUCUUUUAACUUCCAACAAAAUUUGCAUGAUCAUAGUUCUUCAUUACUGGAUCUGGGGUUGACUGGUAUUCAAUCUAGUAGAAUGAAUACUUACAAAAAUGAUGAAAAUACUGUUAUAAAUGAUUUUGUGCGAAGUCCCAUUACACAUAGGGAACAUCUAGAUAGAAAUGAAAACAGAAGAAACAUUUCUUCUUUAUCUAUCAAUAUUGGUAAUGAAUUAGAAACCAGGAGCCCCAGGUACUCUUCUGAAUCAGAACGGCCAGUCAGUGACAGAAGAAGGAAAUUACAUGUCAAGGAUAAAAGACUGGACACUGAUAAAUGUGGAGAUGUAAACCUGCCAACAAAAAGUAAUCAAGGAAAUGUUAACACCAAGCGGAGUUGUAGCAGGGAUCAAGAUAACAGCCUAAUGGAGUCAUGGUCUUCGUUAAUGCAAUUCAAUCAAUCUCAGCGUGGUCGAAUCUCAAAUAUGGAGUUCGAAGGGGAUAUCUUUGAUGAGUUUUUGCAGCAGCAAAAAAUUGGAAGGCAACAUGUAACAAAAAGAGAUAACCAAGAACUGUCCAAUGCAACAGAUGUGAAUCUGUAUGAAAAUGACAAAGAUGAUGGAAUCGAGUUUGAAAUACCAGUUUUACCUUAUGGUCAGCGCUUAUGCAUUAAAAUAGUAACUACCUGGGGAGAUAGACAUUAUGUUGGACUUAAUGGAAUAGAAUUAUAUUCUUCCACAGGCAACCCCAUUCCUAUAACAAAAAUUGAAGUUUCCCCCCCCAAUAAAAAUACAGUAUCUGCAUUUGCUAAAGACCCUAGAGUUGUAUCAAACCUUAUCGAUGGUGUUAACAACACACAAGACGAUAUGCAUCUUUGGUUAGCACCGUUCACACUUGGAAAGAGUCAAUAUAUUUACUUAGACUUUGCAUCUCCAUGUCAAAUAGCUAUGAUUAGAAUAUGGAACUACAAUAAAUCAAGAAUUCAUUCAUUCCGUGGUGUAAAGGACAUUAAAAUAGUUCUAGAUCACACUUUGAUUUUUAAAGGAGAAAUUGCCAAGGCAUCAGGCACUCUGUCUGGAGAACAAUUUGGGGAUACAAUAUUGUUCACCACCAGCGAUGAAAUUUUGCAGGCAAUAUCAGUUUAUGAUCAUACAUUUGAUGAGGAUUUGGAAAACACAGGUGUUCAGAUAGAUGAAGAAAAAGUGAGCGUUCGUCCAAAAACCGCAGACAAUGGUGGAGAGGGAAUGCCAAUGACAGAGGCAGACUUCAGUGAAAAUAUACAGGUGAUGACAAAGCUUAUUGAUAUGAAAUUUAAAGCAGAAAGUCCUCCAAAUCUUUCCAGCACUGUACCUGGUGUAUACAGUGGUAAAUGUCUUCAGUUGAAUUUUACAAUGACAUGGGGAGACUUGCAUUACCUUGGACUUACAGGAUUUGAAAUUGUGGGACUGGAUGGUGAAGCAUUACCUUUAACUAUGAACAUAAUAUCUGCAUCACCUCGAGACCUGAGCAUUCUUCCUGACUAUCAAGAUGAUUACAGGACCUUAGACAAGCUUAUCGAUGAUGUACAAAUAACCACUGAAGAUCUUCACAUGUGGCUGAUUCCAUUUACCAGUGGAGAAAAUCACACUAUAACGAUCAACUUCGAUAAAGCAGAGACUAUUGCUGGACUGCGGUUCUGGAAUUAUAAUAAGUCCCCUGAAGACACAUAUAGAGGGGCUAAAAUUGUACAUGUAACUCUUGAUGGAUGCUGCAUUUCCCCACCUCAGGGAUUUCUGAUUCGGAAGGGUCCUGGCAACUGUCACUUUGAUUUUGCUCAAGAGAUUCUUUUUGUUGACUAUGUGACAGAAAGUCGGUGUGAUAAACAAUCCAGCUAUUUAAAAUGCACAGUGCCAACCAGCAUGGAUUAUGAAGCACCAGUGAUGCCAUGUGGCUUUAUUUUCCAAUUUCAGCUGCUCACCACUUGGGGAGACCCAUAUUACAUUGGACUGAAUGGUCUGGAGAUGUAUAAUGAACACGGAGAAAAAAUUCAGCUCUCAGAAAAUAAUAUUGCUGCUUAUCCAGAAAGCAUUAACAUUUUAGAAGGAAUAUGUGGAGAUGUGAGAACCCCUGACAAGCUCAUUGAUGACAUCAAUAAUACCACUGAUGGCAGACAUGCUUGGCUCUCUCCAAUUCUUUCAACCCUGGUUAAUCGCAUUUAUGUUGUCUUUGAUCUACCCACAAAAGUAUCGAUGAUCAAAUUAUGGAAUUAUGCUAAAACCCCACAAAGAGGAGUAAAAGAGUUUGGUAUCCUUGUGGAUGACUUGCUUGUGUACAAUGGAGUUUUAAAUAUGGUCAACCACAUUUCUCAUGGGAUCCUGCCAACAUGUGACCCUGUGAUACCAUAUUAUACUAUCCUCUUUGCAAAUGAUCUGAAAAUAUCAGAAGCAGACAGGCGAACCAUAAUUAGCAACAAUGUUGAAGACCAAGAUGUCAAAAUGAUGAAUGAUAAUAAAAUAAUUGUCAACUCCAAGAAGAACCAAACUCCUGAUCCAGCGUUGCGUCCAAAAACGUGUUUAACUGCCAAGGAGAAAGGACAUAUGAGAAGAUUCUAAAAAAAAAAAAAAAAAAAAAAAAGCCUUAACCUUUUAUGUAUAGAUUAUUUAUUUCAUAAAAUGUUUACAAAGAUUAAUGCAUUGUAUGUUGAACUAUUUUUUUUAUAUUUGUGGAAAUAAACUAUAUUAUUGUA